GUCGUCCCCAUGAGUAUGAUGAGGACGAGCCACGCAGAGUUGCGGAAGCUAUCUUUCUCAUGGGUGUAAAACACGCCGUCAUCACUUCAGUCAACCGAGACGAACUCAGAGACCGGGGAGCUGAAAUCUGGCACCAGACGGUUGUGAAAGUAAAAGAAGUAUCGCCCGAAACCACCAUAGAAACCCUGAUUCCCGAUGUCAAAGCGAGCUGGGAUGCUCUGGAGACGAUGAUCAGCGCAGGACAGGAAGUAGUAUCUCACAAUAUGGAGACAGUACAGGAGUUAUAUAGGAAAGUGCGCCCACAGGCAAGAUAUGAGCGCUCACUGGAACAGAUCAGCCGCACGAAAGCAUACGGAAAAAGGACAAAGUCAGGCAUAAUGGUGGGACUGGGAGAAACCAAAGAUCAGGUGUACAAAAUCAUGGAUGAUCUGGUAGCCCAUGGAUGUGAUGUUUUCACUAUA